CGGAGCUGCGCCCACGUGAUCCCUUCACCUGCGCCCAACCUGUUUGUCUUGCUCAUCGGACUCGCGGCAGAAACCUGCGUCGCCUGCUCAGGAAGUUUGCUUUCCUCUGGUUGCACAGAGUAAACGCUCCAGGCCACAGCAGCGUCUCUGCCUCUGCGCCUGUUUAUCUCGGUUAAUUCAAGGUUUCUUUAUUCUGAGGUUUGAUUCACCGGCUCGUUGGACUUCGACCUCGACGACGCGCCUGUCUCAAACAAGGAAGUUCAGGCUCCUCGACCCGCGGUAGAUGAAGUCUGCGGCGAAUGGCGGAUGUUGACUGCUGUUGGUUUCUCUGAAAGCGGAAUUGUUCUCCGUGUUUGCUCUGUAACGUCGUGACACCAGCCUGCUCUGUUUGUGGUCAGUGGGAUAAAGCAGCUUCCAGCCUCCUCAGGACAAGAUGAACGUCUCUGUGGAAGACGUGGAUCCCUCGGCCGAGAACAGCUCCAUCGUCCACCUGCCUUCGCCGCUUCUCCUGGAGAAGUCUGCCGCCUCCAAUGUGACCCUCAUCCAAACCAGCAACGGCUCAAUCAUACAGGGCCAGAUGUUCCUGAACACCAUGGCUGCUCAGGGCCUCACGGGAAUAUUCGUGUGGUCCGCCUUGCUCAUCACGUUCCACCAGAUCUAUAUGCACCUUCGAUCCUACUCGGUCCCCAACGAGCAGCGCUACAUCAUCCGCAUCCUGUUAAUUGUGCCAGUUUAUUCCUUUGACUCUUGGCUCAGUCUGCUCUUCAUCAGCAACGACCAGUACUAUGUGUACUUUGAUUCCAUUCGUGACUGUUAUGAAGUCUCCACAAGACCUUUGAAGGUGUCCUAUAGUAUCAGGCGUCAAGACAUUAGCAGCAGAUCCUUUAAGUCAUGUAAGUUGAGAGGUGGUGCCUCUGUGGAUCGAGGUUGUUUUUCCAGCACAUCCCCCAGAUCUUUAAAGUCAAGUUGUUUGUACGGUACCUGCUGCCUCGGUGGUAUGAGUUACUCCAUCGGCUUUUUAAGAUUCUGCAAACAGGCGACGCUUCAGUUCUGCGUUGUCAAACCCAUCAUGGCCGUCAUCACCAUCAUCCUGCAGGCCUUUGGCAAAUACCACGAUGGAGAUUUUAGUGUGACUGGAGGAUACCUGUAUAUCACAAUCAUCUACAACUUCUCAGUCAGCCUGUCCCUCUACGCUCUGUUCCUCUUCUUCUUCGCAACAAGCGACCUGCUCAGGCCUUACGAACCGGUGCUCAAAUUCCUCACAAUUAAAUCUGUCAUCUUCUUAUCCUUCUGGCAAGGAAUGGUCCUUGCGAUCCUGGAGCGCUGUGGCGUCAUCCCUAACGCGCUCGUCAUCGAUGGAGAAGAGGUCGGCGCGGGUACAGUGGCAGCAGGCUGGCAGAACUUCAUCAUCUGCAUCGAAAUGUUCUUUGCCGCCAUUGCCCUCCGAUACGCCUUCACCUGCACCGUGUAUCAGGAGAAAAAAAAUGAAGUGCCAGAGAACAUCCCCCAGAUGCAGAGCAUCUCCAGUGGCCUGAAGGAGACCAUAAACCCCGGAGACAUGGUGCAGGAUGCCAUCCACAACUUCUCGCCUGCUUACCAGCAGUACACCCAGCAGUCCACACAGGAGGUGGUCCAGCCCAGCACAAACGGAAAAGUGGUCACGGGCAACAUGAGCUCCCGCAAGUCUGACAAAAUCAUGCUGAUUACCUCCGAUGAUGAAUUCUAGGCAGUUUCUGAGCAAGAUCCAGGUGUUUGUGUCCUUGCCACCCGUAUCUCCGACCCCCUGGGGAAACAGCUGUAUCACAUAUUGCACCGAGCUGGAUUGAACCCAGGUGUUUCAUUUUCAUUUCCCCAGUAUUUAAGAUGGACCUCUUACGUCUUUCGUGUUUCAAUGAAUAUUUUAAGCACCAAGAGGAUGAUGAAAAUUGAUAAAGGUUUUUAAAUUAGCUCAAUGACCAGAAAACUGAUUACUGCCACAAUCUCUGCAGUAAUCAUCACAGGAAAACAACACAGCACCUCCACCCUAUCAGCAAAGUGUGGAGCUGUACAUUUUCUUUAAAUCGAGCUGCUGUAGUGCUCAGCGGUGUCUCUGAUCCUCAUUCUUUUUCUGUCAUUAUGUCAGCACUUGCAGUCGCCCUCUGGCUGUCUGAAGCACCUUCCCUCUGAUUCAUGUUAGUUUCAAAGAGGAGGUGAUUAAUACUGUGUGCAACUCCAUGUGGGAUGCAGGGAAGCCAGCGACACUUCAUGGACUCUCCUGCAUCUGUUUGUUUCAAGUAUUUGCUAAGCAUUCCUCUCCGCCUGGUUUCCUGACAAACAGAGGGAAUCGAUUCAAAGACACAUUUGCUCUGGAGCAGGCUUGUCAAACCGCUGAUGUAGACAAAUUGGAUAAACCUGUCUCCUACCCAAGUGGGAGUUGUAUUAUUCUCAUUAAUUUUCCCAGCGCGCUAAAGAGCGUAAUUCAGUGCAUCUAGACAUCCGCUCAGCAGACGUUAACAACUGGUCUUCUACACUAUAUGUAAAAGAGCCUUUUUGAGUUUUAUACGUUAACACAACUAUACAUGUUCUCAAUCAGGGUUUUAUGAAAUAUGUACAGAAUUUGAUUGUUGUAAAUGUUAGUGUUUUAAUAUGUUUUAAUUGUGUAAAAAGUUAUUUAAUGUGUGCAGUUCAGGCAUAGUCGGACCAAACCAAAAUCCGUACUUUCGGAGACUUGUGGCAGUUUCUUCUCCCAUUUUUUCAGUGGGAGAUAUUCUUAUACUGUAGCUUUCUAAGUGCAUUAGUUGAGACUGGAUUUGUAUAGCGAGUCUUAGUUUGAUACUCUCUUGUGCCAAUGAUGGCUGUCUUUCUGGGAAAGCAGAAAUUGAUUAACAGUUAAAAACAAGAAUAAAUUGUUGUGACCAAUGUCUGUUUGGCAUUUGCUAAAUAAAUGUUUUCUUCUAUAACUCA